AGCAGCAGGCGGGGCGCGGAGCGGGCGGGAAGGGCGGAGGGCUGUUGGUGGCGGUCCCGGCGGGGCAGGAUGGCGCUGCCGCAGCAGUGCGAGGCCGCGUUCGGCACCGCCGACCUGUACGGUGUGCUGGGCGUGCGGCGCGGCGCGUCCGCGCAGGAGAUCCGCCGCGGCUACCACCGCGCCUCGCUGCGCCUGCACCCCGACCGCGUCCCGGCCGAGCAGAAGGAGGAGGCCACGCGCCGCUUCCAGAUCCUGGGCAAGGUGUACGCCGUGCUGAGCGACGACACGCAGCGCGCAGCGUACGAUGAGACGGGCAUGGUGGACGAGGACGCAGAGGCGCUGCAGGACGGGCGGGACUGGCUGGAGUAUUGGCACCUGCUGUUCAAGGUCACCAUGAAAGACGUUGAAGACUUCCACAAUAGCUACAAAAACUCGGAGGAAGAGCUGGCUGAUGUGAAGGCAGCGUACAUGAAUUUCAAGGGCGACAUGGAUCGGAUCAUGGAGUCUGUGAUGUGCGUGGACUACACAGAUGAGCCCAGGAUACGGGAAAUGAUCAAGCAAGCCAUCGACUCCGGGGAGCUCCCGUCCUACAAGGCUUUUGUAAAGGAGUCAAAGCAGAAGAUGAUGUCCAGAAGAAAGAGGGCAGAAAAAGAAGCUAAAGAGGCAAAAAAGACUAAAGAUGAAUUGGGCCUUAGUGGAGAAAAUGACUUGCAAGCGCUGAUUAAAAGCCGAAGCAGAGAGCGAGAAAAGGAAAUGGAUAACUUCUUCGCCCAUCUGGAAUCAAAGUAUGGGAACAGUACUAAGAAAGGAGGAAAGAAGGCCUCAGCCAAGAAAAGAAAGGCAGAAGGAACAGCGUAGACUGAAAUACCAGGUUUCACUUUGUAUGGAAACGUGGCUUUGGGAGAAUUUGAGGUGUUUUCCGGGCUCCUGUUUCAGACUGUGUGCAUUGACUGGCUCUAAGUGGGAGGAAUGACAUGGCACGCAUGCUGAACAGGGAAGACAAGGCAUUCCUGUGCUACUGUCUCCAACCCUUUGGGUGCCCUACAGUUGAGAUCCAUGUGUGCUACUCACACAUUUCUUCUGUAACAAACCUCCUGCUAUUUUUAAAGGUCUUUGCACAUCAGCUCAACAGGUCUUUUUCAAGAUACUCCUGUAGUUUUUAUAAAGAUUGUUUGGAAAAUUGCUGAUUUAAUAAACAAGAAGGUGGGUUUUUUUUCAGUUUUGCUUCCUCAGUUCUCUGUGUGUUUUCUAAAUAAGUUAUUUAAAACAAGCCAAUUGUGUUGAUUCUUCUGAUUUCAGUCAAAUAAAUCCUGCACACUUCCAGGGAGGAUCGUGUUUCAAAGGCGUAGGAAUCUCAAGGUGAACGCUUUGGGAGUUGAAGGCCCUCACAGCUUCAACAACAGCUCCUAGGGGGAAGCCAGAGGUAGAUGGUCUCUCUGUUCCCUUUUACUUGUCUGCUCUCAAAAAUAACCCUGAUUCUGAGAAAGCAGAGCCUGUAAUUGUGGUUUAUAACACAUGGCUUGAAGGUUACUUUUAUUACACAAAAUAAAUAACAGUCCAGGAGCA